CCGGACGGCUCUGGUUCUGGGCUCCGCCGGCGAGGUGUGGCGCAGAGGAGCUUUGCCGGCACUGGGGCUGCGGCGGUACCGGCUCCCAGGGUCCGUCCCUGCAGCAUGAUCGUGGCAGCGGCGGCGGAGCGGAACAAGGAGCCCAUCCUGCGGGUGCUGCGGGACUACGUGAGCCCCGGCGCGGCCGAGGUGCGGCUGCUGGAGGUGGCGUCGGGCUCGGGGCAGCACGCGGUGCAUUGCGCCCGGGCGCUGCCCAACUUGCUCUGGCAGCCCUCCGACGUGGAGCCCAAGUGUCUCGAGAGCAUCUCUGCGUUCAUUGCAGCACUGAAAGUCAGGAACGUGAGGCCGCCAAUUUUCCUGGACUCGUCCCAGAGCUGGGAGACAUGGGGUGGCGUGAGGCCCAACACGCUGGAUCUCAUUGUCAACAUCAACAUGAUGCACAUCUCUGAGAUGAGGUGCACUGAGGGUUUGUUCAAAGGAGCAGGGAAACUGCUGAAACCCAAAGCUGUUCUGAUCACCUAUGGGGUAAGCAAUGGCCCUUCGAUGGGCUCAGCCCAGCUGGGCUUGGACGCUCUGUGUGCCUGCAGUCCAGCCCUACGCCAUCAACGGACGGAUCAGCCCGCAGAGCAAUGUAGACUUCGACUGCUGCCUGAGGCAGAGAAAUCCGGCAUGGGGCCUUCGGGACACGGCUCUGCUGCAGCAGCUGGCCGAGGCCAACGGGCUGUGUCUGGAGAGGAUGGUGGACAUGCCCGCGAACAACAAGUGUCUCAUUUUCCGCAAGCAGUGACCUGCAGAGCCCACCCCAGGGGCCAGCUGCCUGCUGAACUGCACCCCGUGGCUUUUCAGUGUCCAUAGCACUCUGUGGGUCUUUUCGUGGAGCCGCCCUGCCGGAGACGCACCGCCAGGAUUGAUACUGACUGACUUUAGGUGGAUGUUGCUGCUAAUGUGCAGUGGAGGGGCUGUAUUGUAUGUAGCUUGUGUUCCUGCUUCCCAAAGCCUCCAAAGAUGAGGCCACAAAACCAGGGUCUCUAUUGCAAGCUCACCUGCGCUGCUUGCUUCUACCUACCUGAGCUGAUCAGGUCUUGGCAGCCUACGGUGGCCUAUUGUCAUGUCCCAAGGGGUGAGGGGACCGGCUGAGGAAUAAGCCACCCAAGUGGAUACACAGCUUGGGUCACCUCUUCCACUGGAAUGUAGCCUCUGCAGUCGAGCCAGGUCUACCCGUCUCUCUUGGUGACUGUUCCACAGCCCCCAUGGGCCUCUGCCUCAUUUUAGUUACACUUCUGUAGCUCUUUAUUUUUCUCUGCUCAAACCGAAUGUUCCCUGAGCUCGAAAACCAGCAGUGCCAUUUGGCUACCUACUAAGUGGCUUGGUAUCAGGAGCUGAGCACCCACGGCUCCUAUUGACUUGAGCAGGUGCAAGAGCCUCUGACCCCACACCAGCUUAUUUAGGGGCCUCACCUCAGGUACACUGGUCCUGACAGACUGGCCCGAGGAGCACGAAACAACCCGCAGGCCGGCUCACUGGCCAGUCUGAAUGCCUUCCACCCUCCCCCCACGUGCCCCCGCUUUGUGAGCAAUCCCAGGCUAGGCUGCCAAGGAGGUAAUGUGAACGGGGACUAAAAUAUAGGGGUGGAAGUUUGCCAAAGUGCCAGAUUUAGGGGUAUAGGUCCUCUCACUGUUUGAAGGGAAUUUGGCUCCUAAAUCACAUGGGCACUGGAGACUCUCACGCUAGCUACUGUACUAAAAAAAAAAAAAAUCCUGCAUGGUUGCUAUAGGCUAUGAGGGGCUCCCUCUAGCGGCAUGAGUGUGGCACGGCAUUGAUUUGGGUUUCAGGCGGGCAGGACCAGUUCCUCCAAGGAGGCUGCUGCACUGGAUCAUGUGGCCUUUGGCACAAUAAAGAAGUUGCUUUUGCUGGUA